AUGGCAGAGGACGACCGGUUGAAGGAGUUUCAAGAGGCAAAUAGGAUUGUUUUUGAUCCAAACACUAGACAAGUAUGGGAGAACCAGGAAAGAAAUGCAAAUGGUGAAAUGCAAGGAACCCAGGUUAAGAAGAUGCCCGAAGAUGAGGCAGAAAAUUCAGGCACCUCGGGGAUCGUACCUACAUUGCAGAAUAUAGUGGCAACUGUGAAUUUGGGUUGUCGUCUGGAUCUAAAGACAGUGGCGCUGCAUGCCCGUAACGCAGAGUACAAUCCCAAGCGGUUUGCAGCUGUUAUUAUGCGUAUCAGGGAGCCUAAGACAACUGCACUGAUCUUUGCAUCUGGUAAGAUGGUUGUUACCGGUGCCAAAAGUGAGGACGAUUCGAAACUUGCGAGUCGGAAGUAUGCUAGAAUUAUUCAGAAAAUUGGGUUUGCAGCAAAGUUCACUGAUUUCAAGAUCCAAAAUAUUGUGGGUUCCUGUGACGUCAAGUUCCCAAUUCGUUUGGAGGGUCUAGCCUUUAGCCACGGUACUUUCUCGUCUUACGAACCGGAGUUAUUCCCCGGUCUAAUCUAUAGAAUGGUUAAACCCAAGAUUGUGUUGUUGGUCUUUGUAUCGGGUAAAGUUGUGCUUACCGGUGCCAAGCAAAGAGAGGAAAUCUAUCAGGCCUUCGAAGCCAUAUAUCCGGUGUUGAGUGAAUUUAGGAAGAUGUAA